AUGCGCUCAUACGGCCAUUUUUCUGCGACCGAGGAACAACCGCUCAAAAACAACUUCACGAGUAUCCAAGAGUCUUCUUUACUCUUCAACCUCCAACCUAAUCUCAAUUUACUUGCCCAAUCACAGCAAGUCUUUACAACAAACACCAAGAUGUCUUACCCAGAAUAUCUUGAUGACAUGGAAUCUCAACUCGCCAGCUACUUAGGCGAAGAUCCAUCGACAUUCUUUUCCAGUGAGAAUGCAACUGUGCCAGCUCCCGUAGAUUCUCUCGAAGAGUUAUCCUACGACAUGAAUGGUCAAUUCACCUGGGAUGACUUCCUCAACGAAGAGGGAAUCGAAACAACCUCUCCUCCUCCCAUCACCUUGGAAUGGAAUCCAACUGAGGCAGAUUUCUACAGUAAUGAAAUUGCUGCGCCUCCAACGGUCGAUGAGCACAUUCCUGAAGAGCCUACGCAGUCAUCGGGACAAGAGGAAAAGACUAGCACCAACAUCGAAAGCGAAAACACCAAUGAGCAAUCGGUUGCAACACCUUCCCAGCCUGAGCCUCAGCCGGAAGAAAACACAAUCAUCCCUGACGAUGAUUCCCUUUUCGGUGGCAGCACCUCUAACGACAUCGAAGUUCCAAAGAUCAAUGAGAAACAUCAAUCCGAGGUCUUAGCACAAGGAGCUAACAGCACUUCCGAACUUGUGGCUGACAUACCACAACAUGGCGACAGUGCUGCCUCCGCACCAGUUACUUCUGGUGUAGAUCUUGACAACACCGAAGCGGAUGAUGACAAUGAUUCUCUGUUUGGUGACGUCGAUGAUUCUGGUCUCGGUGACGGCUCCCAGCCUCCAGAAAAUAAAUUGCCAGCAGGUGACGAUGCACCUAACGGCACACAAGCAGAUGAUGUCGACGACCUCUUUGGCUCCGCAUUUGGGGAUGAUUUUGAGGCGGAACUUGAGGCGGAACUUAAGAAAGACAGUGCCAACGCUGCGGCUCCCCCCAUUCCGAAGCACACUGGGCUUCACCUUCCAAAGCCUCCUCGGAAGGUAGCCAACUCUCAGGGGUUACAUCUUCCUGACCCCCCACGUGCAAUUGCAAAUCCACAGGCAUUGCACCUCCCUGCACCUCCCCAGAAGUCGGUUGCUACUCAAGGACUACACCUCCCCGAGCCUCCACGUGUGGUGGCUAGCCCACAGGGGCUAAAUCUUCCUGUCCCUCCUACUCUGGUAGCCAACCAACAGGGGCUGCACCUACCAAGUCAACCUUCUGCGACAGUCAAACAGCAGAGCGGAGCCGACAUUUCGGCUCCAGAAGAGACUGGUGAUCAAGAGGACGGCAUAGCUUCGACCAGACGCCGCAAGGUCAGAGCUAGCAGAAUUCCGAGAUCUGACAUGAGUCGACCAAAAGGUAGGGGACAAGCAGGCAAAGUCCUUACCCAACUCUCUGGACCGGCUCCUUCUCAGUUGCCAGAAAGUGAACCAAGCUCAUCUUCUGGUGCUAAUGACACAGCCGAGAAAGUUACGCAUUUGCCUCGAUGGGCCUUUGGGAAGUACACUAGCUUUAGCAAACCUGUUGCUGGCAGUAGAUAUCGAAAGCCAAACAACUCGGAACAAAACCCAAUACCAGUUGAGGAUGAGCAGGAGUCAGUGGAGAAUACUAAUGAGCUAGCCAACACUCAAUCGCAGGGUGUAGCUCAAUCAGAUGCGAAAAUAGUCGGUGCCAUUGACCUCACCUCUGAUACCGGGAAUGACUUGGUUGUGGAUGGUAGCGUCCAACAGGGUCAAGAUCCAAACCAUAUUGAUGGUGAAGACUCCACUCGUCCUUAUGAGAACUUCCAAAUCCCUGCCUCUGGCAAUGACAUGGAUUUUACAUUAGGCGAUAACGAACUCCUGAAUUCUCUCGGCGAAUUGAACUUUCCGCCAGUUAUUGAUGAUGCGGGUCCAGCUCCACAACUGCAGACAUAUCAGGCGCACAGUUCCGCGCCCCUGGAGAUUGCACCACCUGUCGCUCCCCAGAAUGGGGUUCUUCCUCCUCCUUCCAGAAUGGAGGAUUUCUCGCUAUAUGGACAAGGUCCAUUGGCCAGCAGGGACAAUAUCCACCAUUUACAAGUACCUAAUGUACAUGGUGCAGGCACAUUUGCAUAUCAGCCUCCAAGUAUCAUGGGGCAGAGCGGUGCAGAAAACUAUCAGCCCGCCAGUCAGCCAAUGCAGACUGGUCACUUUGAACAAGGAAGCGGGUAUGGUCUAGGCGAUGACAUGGUUCAAGCCACCCCUGCAGACAUUGGAGGCAGCAAUUCCACAGGAUUGAACGACAAUGGUCCCAAGAAGCGUCUCAGCCAUGAACGUGCUGAGUAUAGUGAUCCUCGUGUAUUAAUGACAUACGACGAGUUCAAGCAGAUAUUUCCACAAGAACCAACACGUGGAUGCUUUGAGGUCGCUAUCCAGAGCGAGCGGGCAGCAGACGCGGCAAUAGUUGCCAGGGGAGGAGUUCCUCCACAGAGACCGACGAUCCGCAAGUCAAUAAUUUGCACCUGGAGCCAGGUGCAACAUCUGAAUCGAAUCCGUGCUGCCAAUGGCGAAAAGCUUUUCGAACCAAAGCCGAAUGCCCACAAACGACUGGAAGCGUUCAAAGAGAGCUUGCGGAGGAAGAGACAAGAACGUGGUGAAGCUUCUGAAUCUGAAGACUCUGACAUGGAACCAGAGGCAAAGCGAUUGAAAAUCGCCUCAGGACCAGUUCAACAUGCCACAUAUCAUGUUGAACAACACAGUGAACAGAUCCCGGGGAUGCAUCCCACUCAGCCUUCCCAUCCGCAGGUAUCGGCUGCUGUAUCGCAUUCUUCGCCUGAUCAUGGAGUUUCUCAAGGCCCCCAUUCUCAGAACAUGGGUCAAGCUUCGGCUAUGUACAUCCAUCGACCAGUGGCUCAGUCUGCCAAGAGAAAGAUGGUACCAGAGCAGUUGGAGAGCUUUGAGUUUGCGGAGCAGGGAAUGGGACCAACUGUCAAGCGACCGAGAAUUGCUGCGCCAUCAAGAGAGAACACCAAGCCAAUGAACGAUCAGUCUAUGGCUAAAGAAUUCGCAGACUACGUCUCAGAGAGGCAGUCUGAAUACCUGAAGCUGCGUGUGGCAGAGCUAAAGCAGCUUUGUAAGACUCGCGGUAUCAAACACGGCAAUUUUAAUGGUUUAUCGAAAGGCGGUAUGGUUGGUGUUCUGGUGGGACAGGAUGUCAACCGUCACCCUAUCUAUAGCCGAAUGCAUCAUCAAGCCCAGGCUAGAGUUGCAACCGGCCGGGAACAUCCAAUCCCUGGUGUUGGCAGAAUGGGUGGAAUGAAUCCACCAUCCGUUGCUGCAAACCAUAGUCAGCAACAACUCCGGGUACCGAAUGGCUGGGGAAUACGUCAAAACCUACCAGCACCCAAUGUCGGUCCAGCUCAUGGCAUGGGAUUGAACCAUCAUCAGCGAGCCCCGUCACAGUUCCCCCAUACUAGUGACCAUAGAACACCUAGCCUGGCACCCAUGAGAUUUGGCAACAGUGAGAUGCAAGUGACGAAUUCGGUUCCCAUUAGAGGUCCAAGUCAUGGCCAUUCACGGCCAGUCAACGUCGGACGUGCUCAACAGCUACACAUGAAUGGUAGUUUGAGUGGACUGGUUAAUAACGGCGGUCAACCACAGUCGAGUAUCAGACAGGCCCCUCAAGGUCCCACGAUGCAUCCCAGUGCUGCCAAUUCGUCUGCUCGAUCACAAAUACCGGUCAGCGUCCAGAACAGUGGUUACAACAACAGCGGCAUCCAUCAGAAUAUAAAUGGAGGCCGCAAUAACCAUACCAGCACCAACGCUCAUAUCCCAGCUUAUGGUAUCGCUGGCGAUUUUGGUGCUGGCAUCUAUCAGCCAGCAGUUGAUGACCGUCGAAGAAAACCGAGGAUCGUCGGUCAAGAAGCACCAAGCAGAGUUCCUCGAGGCAAUCAGAGGAGCGCCCCAAAGCCACCGGUGAACUUGCCACAACCUGCGAUGAAUAAUACCGCAAGGAGUUGCACCAUGACCCAGCCCUCUAUGGCUGGCAGGGCCAGCGGCAAUAUCCAGAUGGGUCAUCAAGCAAAUACUCUUGGUGGCUCUCAAAUACCAAGGCCCGCCCAAAGUGGAAACAUGGGAGGCGAUCCCCGAAGAUUCAUGCAGAAUCGUCCUCAAGGUGGCCUCUACUCAGCCCCUGUGCAAGGUCUUAAUCAGGGAGUCCAGCAACAGCAUGCUGGAGCUCAACUUUCUCGACCACCUUACCACGGUCCGCCUCGAGGUAAUCCGUUCGAUAGGCAGCAUUCUGGUCCCGCGCCACCGCGCUGA